AUCUAUGGUAGUCUGAUUAGUCUGAUACAGGCUUUAUCUUAGUGUUGUUAGAGGUUAGAGUGUUAGAGGUUAGAGUGUUAGAGCUGGAAGCAAGUAUCGCAGCAACCCUAGUUGGAAGUUGGAAGCAUUCUCAAAAAGAAAAAAACUAAAAAGAAGAGUGGAAUAUUUUUUGAUGGGAUAUUUUAUUUGCACGAAAUAAGGAGAUUCGCGAAGAUUUUAUAAUGAAAUUAUAAAAUAAAAUAGAAUUGAGAGAAAACAUGAGUGGUCAUAUUGCACCAAGUAAGUCCACUGUUUAUAUGUCGAAUUUACCGUUUUCCUUAACCAACAAUGAUAUACAUCAGCUGUUGGACGGUUAUGGAAAAAUUGUCAAAGUAACGAUAUUGAAAGACAAGGUAACGCGACGUAGCCGCGGUGUCGCCUUUGUGUUAUUUCUUAAAGCAGAAGAUGCCGUAUCCUGCGCGAAAGCCCUCAAUAACAAAGAGAUACUUGGUCGAACUGUGAAAAGUUCCAUUGCAGUUGACAAUGGUCGUAGCACUGAAUUCAUACGACGCAGAGAUUAUCCGGACAAAUCUCAGUGUUAUGAAUGCGGACAAGAUGGACAUUUAUCUUAUUGCUGCAGCAACAAUGUAUUAGGUCCCAGAAAACCGCCACCAAAAAGAGUCAGGAUACGAAAGAAGAAUGUGAAGCAAGAGAAGUGUGAUACUAGUUACCUCGAUACUGAUAGUGAUGAAGCGACGAGAAGACCAAGGCGAAACACCAAUGACGUCGAUGAUGUCGAUGACGAUACGGAAGAGGAGCCUGAAACACUAAGCGCUGUCAUUGCAUUUGAGCAAAGACAGAUUGAAUUGGAACAUAGUCAAACAACAAACGAAUGUAAUAGAAAAGAAAGUUUAUCUGUACCAAAAAAACGUUAUAAAAAGCAUCACUAUUUUAGCGACGAAGAAUAUUUCAGUGAAUAAUAUAUAUUAUUAUAUGACAUCAAUAAUAUAUAAUAUUGGAAAUAUAAAUAAUAAUUAAAAGUGAUUACUGUAAAUUAUUAUAAAUAAUACUUCUAAGGGUUAGAAAAUUACAUAUUUAUUUAUUAGCUUAAGAGAAAUUCAACGAAUUAAUAUUUAAAACUCGUGACAUAAAAUGUUUAAAUCAUACUUUUGUAUUGGUAGAUCUUUACCUUUUCUUGGUUGUUAAAUAUUCAUUGUAACUUUUAAAAUUUAUUGAUAUUUUCUAUCCGAUUGAAAAUUCAAUGAUUAAUAAAUAUUAUAUUAAUAAGUGA